AUGGCGACGCCGAGCGCGGUCGGUGCGUACCGCGCGCUGAUGCGCGCGCGCGCCAAGGCGUUCGCGGGCGACGCGCGCGCGCUCGACGCGGCGCACCGCGAGAUACGAACGCAGUUCGAGCGCGCGCGCGACGUCGACGCGAACGACGCGAAGAUGAAGAUCGCGGCGGCGGUGGAGGCGGCGACGUUCGUGCGGACGCACGUCGUGCAAGCGGUGCGAGAGGGCGAUGAGGGGGCGUUUCGGAUGACCGUGGACGCGGCGCAUCGGGACGUGACGAUCUCGAGGGACGGCGAGGGCGAGAAGGGGUGCGGGGGGGGGGGAGGGGUCGCGUGA